GGAGCCUCCACCAUACGACGCAACACUCCUCUCGUCUCUACCUGUUUGAAAAUUGAAUAUCUCGCUCCCCUUCUCCCUCCUCCUCCUCCUCUCGCUUUUUAUUGCUCUCAUGUAUUGGAGUCACAUGAAUCUUCCAGUGGCAUUUUGGUAAUAAGCUUGAAUCGAGCUUCUUCUCUCUUCUCCAAUGGAAGCCAUACUCGUAGACUCUGUGCAAAGCAGUUUGCGGCAUUUCAUGUGCCGCAACGCCAUUUUCAUGUGCGAACGCCUCUGCGCUGAAUUUCCCUCCGAGACAAAUAUGCAGCUGCUAGCUGCUUGCUACUUGCAAAACAAUCAAGCUUAUGCUGCAUACCAUAUUUUAAAAGGAACGCAAAUGGCUCAAUCCCGCUACUUAUUUGCGCUAUCAUGCUUUCAGAUGGAUCUUCUUAAUGAAGCAGAAAUGGCCCUAUCUCAAACUAAUGACCCUACUUCAGAGGUUCCAAAUGGUGCUGCUGGGCAUUAUCUUCUUGGGCUUAUUUACAGGUAUACAGACAGAAAAAAGAGUGCUGUUCACCAUUUCAAUCAGGCUCUGUCAUUGGAUCCUCUGCUAUGGGCUGCAUAUGAGGAAUUGUGUAUCCUAGGUGCUGCUGAUGAGGCUGCUUCAGUUUUUAAUGAAGCAGCAUCUCUUUGUGUUCAGAAGAAACAUGAACAUCAUGGAAGUCAAUCUCAAAUUUUGGCAGCAUCUGCUGAAGAUCAUAAUGUAGUUUCUAAUAAAAGUUUUGUCUCAGAAGAUGCAAGUCCAAGGCAACUGAGACAUAUGCAUAGCAAUAGCCUUCGAGAAUUUUCUGGAAACUAUAAUGGUGUAAUUGCGAGUGGAGGAGUUACAAGUCAGUCUCUCAGCAGUGGCCCUGCUAAUAAUGCAUUCUGCAAUACUCCUUCACCAAUGGCUUCACAGAUUUCAGGUCUUGCUCCUCCUCCAGUCUGCCGAAAUGCACAACAAAAUGGGGUUCACCCAUCUGCACCCGGUGGUGACAACUCUUUGCGAUCGGCUGUAAACUCGAAUGUUCAGCCCCCCCGCAGAAAGUUUGUUGAUGAGGGAAAAUUGAGAAAGAUAUCAGGUAGGUUAUUUUCUGAUUCUGGCCCUAGGCGAAAUUCAAGACUCGCUGGAGAAUCUGUGAGCAACACUAGCUCGAAUGCAUCUGUAGCAUCUGGAAAUGUCACAGGCAAAUCAUCAAAAUUCCUUGGUAGUUCUAAGCUUAGUUCAAUGACAUUACGCUCUAUGACAACUAGAAAGUCACAACCAUGGUCUAGUGAAAACAUUGAUGAAGGAGUUCGGGACGUCUGUGAUGAUUCACGGUUAAAUAUCCCAACGGUGUCCCCAUCUGGAGAUUGUACAACUGUUGAACAGGACAGGUCUAAUAAGUGUCCAGUUGGUACUAACAUGAGUGGCCCAAAUCUUCUAUCUGGUGCUUUGGAAAUACUGGAACUUUUGAGGACUCUUGGGGAAGGCUUCCGACUUUUGUGUUUGUAUAGAUGCCAGGAUGCCUUGGAUAUGUAUAACAAACUUCCACACAAGCACUAUAACACAGGAUGGGUGCUUUCCCAGAUAGGGAAAGCAUACUUUGAAAUGGUUGAUUAUCUAGAAGCAGAUCGUGCGUUCAGUCUUGCCCGUUUAACUUCACCUUACAGUUUAGAGGGAUUGGAUGUACAUUCUACAGUGUUAUAUCAUUUGAAGGAGGAUAUGAAAUUAAGUUACUUAGCACAGGAGCUGAUAUCAACUGAUAAAUUAGCUCCUCAAUCUUGGUGUGCAAUGGGCAAUUGUUAUAGCUCUCAGAAAGACCAUGAGACUGCUCUUAGAAAUUUCCAGCGAGCUGUACAACUAAAUUCCAGAUUCGCAUAUGCUCACACUCUCUGUGGUCACGAGUACGUUGCAGUGGAGGACUUUGAGAAUGGUAUUAAAAGCUAUCAGAGUGCACUUAGGGUGGAUAGCAGACAUUAUAAUGCGUGGUACGGCCUUGGGAUGAUCUAUCUCCGACAGGAAAAGUUUGAAUUUUCAGAACAUCACUUCCGUAUGGCUCUCCAAAUCAAUCCCCAUUCUUCUGUUAUCAUGUCAUAUCUAGGAACCGCUUUACAUGCUCUAAAGAAAAAUGACGAGGCAUUGGAAAUGAUGGAGAAGGCUAUUUUAGCUGAUAAGAAAAAUCCUCUCCCAAUGUAUCAGAAGGCUAACAUCCUCGUAAGCAUGGAAAAAUUUGACGCAGCUUUAGAAGUCUUAGAGGAGCUUAAAGAGCAUGCUCCUCGCGAGAGCAGUGUGUAUGCUUUGAUGGGUAAGAUCUACAAAAGGCAUAACAUUCACGACAAAGCCAUGCUUCAUUUUGGCCUAGCGUUGGAUCUGAGACCAUCUGCCACAGAUGUUGCAACCAUUAAGGCGGCUAUCGAGAAGUUGCAUGUACCGGAUGAGCUUGAAGAUUCAUUAUAAAUCUUUUGAUUGCAGAAGAUAGUCAGCCCGCCCUUCAAGUAAAGGCCUCUCUCUAUAAAGUUGUAUACUAAUGUUGUUUCUUAUGGUUCCUUUUGGGCGUCCUGACUGCCCAGUCGCUGAUCUUAGUUUUCUGUAUCCCUCUUAGGUAAUCCUUUGAGCUCCUCUUAGUGUAUGUAUUCCUUGGACUACAUUGUAUUCUCCAGAUUUUGAUAUAAAAUGCUCAAAUUUCUGUGGUCCUUUGCUUUGGCUGAUGGCUCAAGGAAACAAAUAGUGUUUUCUUCAA